AUGAAGUUGAUACCAUCAACCCUGGCUCUCUUGUGCGUUGGUUUCUUGGCCGAAGCUGUACCAAUUGGAACACCUAACUUAGGUGUAGUUCGCUUACCUCUCACAAAGAAGCAUUCAACCGAUGCCCUGAUCAAAAGAGGUGAAUCUGGUUCUAUGAGAUCCGGUGUCUACAGCUUACGAGGAACGGAAUAUGUUGUCCAUGUGGAUAUCGGUACUCCACCACAGAAGUUUUCAGUGUCUCUUGACACUGGAAGUACUGAUCUAUGGGUCCCGUCCACCAAAUGUGAUCCGAUCCUCUGUCCAUUCGUUCGGUUCGAUGAGUCCCUUUCCUCUACUUUCACUCCAACCGAUCAGGAGCUUACCAUCUUAUAUGGAAGUGGAAACUCUACUGUUGCCUUUGGAACCGAUACCGUAUCUAUUGGGGGUAUUUCCGUACCAAACCAACCAUUUGGAUUGUCUUCCUUUGUAAAAAACAUUGGAAUAUUUCCAAGUGACAUCAACCUCACUACAGCAGCUCUCGACCCAAGACCCAAUGCACUGGAAUUAGAGGACUUUGCAUCCAACGGCAUGCUUGGAAUGGCUUUUACUUCUUUAUCGAAAUACAAAAACUCCAAAGGAAAGGCUUAUGGCUCGCUUAUAUUCAACAUGAUCGAUCAGAAACUUAUCAAGGAACCUAUCUUUUCUAUUUACCUUGGAAAUACAAAUGCAAUGGAGAAUUCUGGAGAAAUCAUUUUUGGUGGAAUCGACUCUACCAAAUACACUGGCAAUCUUUUCUACUCCCCUAUCGUUAGCUCAACUCCUGAUACAAUAGAAGCUUACAAUACCGGCUCUCUUGCAAAAGUCCAUGCCAAUCACUCUUUCUGGUCUACCUACGCCCGUAGCAUUACUUUUCAAGACAAAGGAAAAACCGUUAACACAAGCAUCUCUUCCGAUUUUUACUUUACAUUUGAUACUGGCGCGGCAUUAUCAUACUUUCCUUUCCAAGCACUCGAGAACAUCAUGAAGGCAGCCUUUAAACCAGACGAAUAUGAAUUCUUUGAAAGCGGUAUGGUAUUUGUCUUUGAGUGUAGUGCCAGACAUUCGAAAGCCAUAAUCCAAUUCAAUAUGAUGGGUUCGCGGGACACAUCUGAAACACUUACUAUUAACAUUCCUUUUGGAGAGCUUGCAACUCCACUAGAUGGAAAGCCAAUUGAAGAAUCUGAAAUAUGUUAUCUUCCUAUCAAAUCUUCUCUUCCCACACUUGCGACAAGCAAGUUUACACAAUACCUAAUUGGUGAUACUUUACUUAAAUAUCUUUAUAUCGUUCAUGAUCUUGGGCAGGAACGCAUUGGAUUUGCGAAUACAAUUGGCAACAAUAUCACCUUUUCUUUAAAGUAG